CAGCGACUCUGAUCAGACUCGAGCAAAAACCGCUUUUCGGCUACAGCAACUUUUUAUACCAAGGAUUACUGGAUUGCCUUCGUUGGAUUUAAUUUUCAGCACCGAAUCCUCGAUAGAAGCACAAUGACUUUGAACAAGGGUGACAAAUUGAGGAACAUGGACAAGAGGAGAGGAAGCGUGCCCUUCCCAAUGAAUUUACCCAAUCUACACAGGAGAAGCAUGCCCGUGGACGACCGCGACCUGCGCGCCACGACGCCACAGACGGGACAGACCGACGAGCUGUCCAAUUUACUGCGGUGCACGUCCUACUCCCCAAGCGAGCAGCACCGUGGCAGCUACGCCUCAGACUCCUCCGACUCGGUGAUCUCCACCAGCAGCGAAGCGGACUCCCAGGUGUACAAAGUGGUUCUCCUCGGGGAGCACGGUGUCGGCAAGUCCAGCCUGGCGCGCGUCUUUGGAGGAGUUGAGGAUGCUAGUCACGACUGCGAUGAAGCAGGAAACACUUAUGAUAGAUCUAUGUUGGUGGAUGAAGAAGAGGCAUCCAUCGUGUUGUAUGACAUCUGGGAACAGGAUAACAGCCAGUGGUUGAAGGACCAGUGCAUGAGAAUGGGAGACGCCUACAUCAUUGUGUAUUCAGUGACAGACAAAUCAAGCUUUGAGAAGGCAUCGGAGCUCCGCAUUCAGCUGCGCCGUGCCAGACAGUCAGAGAACAUUCCCAUAAUCCUUGUGGGCAACAAGAGUGACCUGGUGCGGUCCAGAGAGGUGUCCGUAGAUGAAGGAAGUGCCUGUGCAGUGGUAUUCGACUGCAAGUUUAUCGAGACGUCUGCAUCACUUCACCACAAUGUGCAGGACCUGUUUGAGGGCAUCGUCAGACAGAUCCGUUUGAGAAAAGACAGCAAGGAGGAGAACGCCCGGCGCAUGGCCAACUGCAGACGCAGAGAGAGCAUCGGCAAGAAGGCUAAAAGGUUUUUGGGUCGCAUGGUCGCACGCAAGAACAAGAAAAUGGCUUUCAGGCAGAAGUCAAAGUCCUGCCAUGACCUAACAGUUCUCUGAGUGACAGAUGGGACAGAAGGACAAUUUUUUCCCCCUUGGCCUCUGAAGACCAGAUGCUGUGUGUUUUAACACUAACCCAAAAGGACUAACAGAACUGUACUGAAAUAUAUUUUUGUUUUCUAGACAUCAACCAAAAGCAAAAAGAAGCUAUUGUUAAUGAAAUGACUGAUGUUGUUUGAGUUAUAUCAUGGUGAUAACCUGCAUUUAUUUUAUUGUCUGCCUUAAACACAUUGUCAUCAGUAUGUAUGAAAAAAAAAAUCCACAAAGGCUUGUUAUUUCUAUGUGCUGCGAAAUUGCCUUGCGGUUAGGUUAAUGUUGUGCCCUUUAACUAAAUGGGUAGGGGGUGGGGGGUGAUGUAUAUACUAAUAUUUGAGUCACGCUGAAGGCAACAUACAUCUCAUUGUAUUGUAAGACAAGGCAAAGGAUAAUGAUGAUAGGUAUUCUGGAGUCAUAUUUUACUUGAAGUGUGGUACGCAGGUUCGUGCCUCGGCAGAGUUACUGAGGACUAUUCAAAACAUCUGUUAUUCUAUGUUUUUUUUCCCAUAACGCUGAAUUCAGGUUGUGAAUGUCUGAGUAAAGCAAUAAGUUAUACUAGUCUUGUGAAUUUUGACAUGAUUUGAAAAUUCUUUUUACGUUGAGUUCCUUUUUCAAUAAAAUAUAAAAAACAAUCCAUAAA